AUGUUCAGAAACAACUACGACAACGAUGCGGUCACCUUCUCCCCGCAAGGCCGGAUAUUCCAAGUUGAAUAUGCGCAAGAAGCCGUGAAGCAAGGAUCCGUCGUGGUGGGACUGGUCAACAAGACACAUGCCGUGCUGGUCGGCCUCAAGCGUAAUGCCGAAGAGCUCUCCUCCUACCAGAAGAAGAUCAUCGAAGUCGACUCCCACAUGGGCAUCGCUAUCGCCGGUUUGGCAUCGGACGCCCGAGUGCUCUCCAACUUCAUGAAGCAGCAGUCGCUCAGCUCCCGUAUGACCUAUGGCCGCCCGCUCCCCGUCGACCGCAUCGUCAGCCAGAUCGGCGACCGCGCCCAAACGAACACCCAACAAUACGGCAAGCGGCCCUACGGUGUCGGUCUGCUCGUGGCCGGCGUCGACGAAGCCGGACCCCACCUCUUCGAAUUUCAACCCUCCGGUAUGACCCAUGAGAUGGUGGCGUGCGCCAUUGGAGCCCGCUCCCAGAUGGCCCGGACCUACCUGGAGCGGAAUCUCGAUCAGCUCGAGUCAUCGUCGCGUGAUGAGCUCAUUACCCACGGCCUGCGGGCGCUCAAGGAGACCCUGUCCCAGGACAAGGAACUAACAGUCGACAACACAUCCGUGGGUGUGGUGGGUGUUGCGGGCGAGGCCGCCCGGGGAAAGAUCGAGAGCUUCAAGCUAUACGAGGGGCAGCUGCUCGUGCCGCUGCUGGAGGCGCUGGAGGCAGCGGAGGCAGGUGAAACGAAAGAGGAGGAGACGAUGGAGGUGGAUUCAUAG